AUGAAGUUUAGCAAAAAGUUGCAGGAGCGGGCGCACCCCAAGUACAGGGAGCACUACAUCGCCUACAAGGAACUGAAGAAGGCCAUCCGGUUGAUAACAGGGAAAGACACCUCGACGUUCACGAUAAAGGAAGUAACGACAAACUUCGGCGGGACGCGGGCGUUGAGCGGAACCGAGUACCAAUCAGCCGAGUCAAGGUUCCAGAGUAUCCUGAACAGCGAACUGAACAAAAUUAAUAACUUCACAAAACAAAUGAUAAAGGAGUGGUACGAUGAUGCACACAUGUGUUUACAAAAAUUAAAAAAAAAAAAAAAAAAAAAAAACUCUUUAGUAGACUUGUCUCAAGUUAUGAACAAGCUAAACGAAUUGGGAAAAUUUUUAAAGUUUCUAGAAAGUUACAGAAUAUUAAAUUUUACAGGGUUCAGAAAAAUUACAAAAAAAUUCGAUAAGCAUAAUGAUAAGGUUGUUAGUUCAUCCUUCUACAUCACCGUCGUUAUAAAAAGUUUUUUCAUGAGCUGUGAUAUGAACCUGCUUGUGUGUAUUUUGUCCCUUUGCUACAAACACUAUCGCGCGUGUAGAAAUUUGGGUUGUGGGCAGGACGACACGGGAGACAACGUCGAGGGAGAAUCAACUCACCAUGGGUUACCUACCACCACAACGCAGGCUCUCUCGCCGAGACCUCCAGAGGAGCAUCCCCACAGCGACGUGCACGGGGCAGCGACAAGUACGUCGAACUUGGAGGAGAAAAAAAAAAAAAACGAAAACGUAUUUUCGCACGGUGGCAAUGCGACGCCCGCUGCACCCAACGAGAGUGUACACCCCGCAGUACAUACAGAGAAGAAACAGAACCCACGACAGGUCAUUAAGAACACCAAAUAUAUUGUAAAGGCACAAGACCUAAUCACUGUUAAAGUAGAAAUCUGUAAGUACUAUACAUUUCAUUACUACGACUUGAAGGAAAAUGAAUUAAUGCCCCCAUUUGAAAGCUUCAUAAAAUUAAUUUCCACCUCGAAGAUAAGAAACGACCUGACCACCAUCUACUUUGAUGAUGCUUCUUUUACCCAAUAUCACAAAUAUGUGAACCGGAGUUGUGAGCAGGGGGACAGUACUAGCCAUUGUGUUCGGUUGCGUUAUUAUUGCUACAUAGAUGCAGAAAAAGAAUCCACAAAAACGGUGAUUCAAAAUUUUAAUUUAUUUGAACCCAGCUGUGACGUUAAUGAAAAAUACGUCUUUGCCAAGGAUGUCCCACAGGAGAAUCUCACAAUAGGUUGUGUUAAUGAUUUGUAUAAUCUGAAGAAAGGAGAUGCUUCAGGUAACUCCCACUCUUCAUUUCAGGGUGCAGACUCGACACAACUUCAACACUACGAAAAGUGCAUCAGUGAGAUUGAAAAGAAUCACCUAACUAGCUGUCUGAAAAGCAAACUGAACAGAAUCCACUUUGGUGAUGAAAACGUUAGUGGAUACAUCGACGAGAAUAUCUGCUACUGGGUACACACAAAUAAGGGAGCCAUUCACAAGUGUGAAGAGGUCGACUCGUUGGAAGCAGAUCAUAGUGAGUUGGACGAACCCAACAGAGUAAAGCAGCAUAACGAUAUUGUAAGUGAAAGUGGUAACCGAGAAGAAGAACCAACCACAAAGGAAAAGAGAAAAUACGCAUAUUUCGAUUAUGCAGUUGUUGACGUUACCCUGAAGGAACUGUCCUCCAGGGACUUCUCCUUCCAACUGAAUCACUUAGGAGUAGUUAAAGAAAUUUGGGGGUACUCUUCUUACCUGCAAGGAAUUUCUAUGCUCUACUCACACCGCAUUUCCACCGCCCCUCACUGGCGCAUCUACACACACCCCGAGUGGGACAAAUUAAACAAAGGUGAAACUUCCAUCAGGGGAAUGAACAAGAAGAAGCAGAGGAAUAAGAAGAAGGAGAAGAAGACGAAGAAGGAGGACGAAGGAGUAGAGUUAGGAAAAAACACAAGUGAAGAAAAGGAAAGAGAAAAUAAAAAGUCCAGCAGUGGUAGCAGAAGCUCCAGAAGUGAAACCCUAAACCAAGACAAAGAAAGUAACCAAUCAAUUUUGUCCGGCGAGGAAGAGGAGGAGGACGACGAGGAGGAAGAGGAAGAGGAUAAGAACACGGAGCUCAGCUCAAGUGAAAACACAAUCGAGUACACAGAAGGAAGGGUAGAGAACAAUCGUAAUGGAAAAAAUGAAGAAUGGAAAAAGGGAAUCACGUACACUGGUGCAUCUGCAAGAAUUGCUCACGAGAGUGAAGUCAUUUUUAGAAACGAGGUCGAAAGGAAUAAACCCAUAUCAUCUGCUCAUCACUUCCAUGUAAACAUUGACAAUGUAGAUAAUGCAGACUACUGCACCAAUCGGGGCAGUUACAUUGGACCACCAUACAGUGGAGACAGUAGUAACAACCUCAGGAAAAAGUCUAACCAAAAGGAUAAACAAUGCACCAUCAGACACCCUCUUGCAGAAGACAAUAACUUGUACGAACCUCUUCUAGACCCUAUGGAAGAGACUACUUCUUCUAAGGGUAACAUAUCCUCGUCCUGUGGAAUCACCUCCUUUUUUAAGAAAAUAUUUUUUUGUAAAAACAAAACUGUUGAUAUAAAAAAACCCAAAACUGCUGUCGUCAGAGUCGAACCCAAGACAUUUUUUGCAAAUGAAAGAACCCUACUUCAAUGGCUGAACACCAGUGUCCUCCUCUCGACAAUAUCUAUUACCCUUUUGAAUUUUUCCAACUCUUAUGGAUUCGCCUCUGGAGUUAUUAUGGCGCCCGUGGCCAUUUUCUUCAUCCUCUACUCCUUCCACAUUUAUCUGAAGAGGGCAGAGGCGCUCACCAACAAGGAACCCAUCAACUACACGGACAAGGUGGGCCCCGGGGUCCUCGUCAUCACCCUCACCUUCGCCCUGUCCACCGUCGUCAUCCUCAAUAUGUACAGCCGCUUGAAGGGCGAGGUGUGA